CGCAUUAAACAACGAACGACUGUGGGUCACCAUCGACAUCUCCAAACGCGGGCAAUCGCUUCUCAAAGCAGCUACUCUACCUGUUACUGGGAUUGCAAAGCACCGACGCCUCAUCACUAUCAUCCACAGGUACAUAAACACGAUAUCAUCCUGCCUUCUGCAUCGAUGCGUUGCGCCCGAGGUGGGUCUGAGCUUUGCAUGCCUGCCUAUCCUGACAAUGCACACUCAUGAUAACUAGGAAGUUACCAACCUCCUUGUUCUUCUUGAGUGGGUUCACGCGUCUACUCUACCUUGCAAUAUUGAAUUUAUAUGUUUUUUUUCGCAAGAUUGUUUGUGAUACUUCUCAUGAUCCCAGAGAACGCAUCAUAGAUUCAGAAACUAAGUACGAGCUGCAGAUAUCUAAUACUCGUCAUCAUACAUAUACGAAAUUAUGGAAACAUCGUCAAGAGAUAUAUCGUAGAUGGAAAAAUGAUUCCAAACUGCAAAAGAAACAAGGCAAAUCGUGCCUGCAAGUUACAAAGUAAAUGGGCAGUUCAACGCCUGCUGAGUACAUAUCGAUAAAAAUAAGACGUGUCCAUAAGUCACAGGCA